AUGGUAGUGGACCCUCCUCGUCGUAAUCCCCUGCGCACCAAUAGAAGGCGACCUUUGAGAUUUGCUGAGGGAAUAGCAGAACUCCGACGACAAGGCGAAAUAGCAGACAACCAAGAAGACGCUCAAGCCGAAGCAGCCCCAGACAUCAACAUGGAUCUGGCGCAGCAAGGAGGAGACGACGCUGGCGCAGGAAACAACAACGUUGUAGCUGGUGAAGGCAAUAACAACGCCGCAGCUCCACAGCAACCGCCACAACAAGUUCCAGCUCCACAGCAGCCACAACAACAGCAAAAUAACCCUGGCGCCGGCGCCAACAACCAUCUGAUCAUGCAAUUAAUCCAAGGUCAGCAACAAAUGAUGCAAGCGCUCAUGGCAGCACUACCGCAGUUAAAUGCAAACCCACUACCGCCACCACCUCAAGGGAACGCAAUGCCACCGCAGCAACAACCUCAUGCGGCGCAGCAACAGCCGGCAGCGAUGGCACCACCAGUGGUGCAACAACCAGGACCAGUGCAAAACCCUUUGCCUCCACCGAACGAAGACGGCCUUGAUGCCUAUCCCCGUGGCAUAAUACCACUGGACCUCAAGAACAAACUCGAGCUAGGCCUCUACAACCAGGCAAAGCAACCACUUUCAAACAAGUUCGAUGGCACAGACCUGUCCCGAUUGAUCAAGGAUAUACAAGGCCGCUGUACCCUCAUGCACUGCCUUCCUGUUUUUGACGUUACCGAAAAUGCAAUGACCAAAAAUUUGCUGUCAAAAUACGGCGAGAUUUCCCUUGUCGCAACGCAAGCCGCUGCAACAAGCCGAUGGAGGACGAACACCUAUUUCCGCCAGGCGAGUUACGCCCUAGGGAUGUGUCUCCUGGAUUCUGUAUCAAACGAAUUCAAGCAGCGUCUUGAACAACGUGAAGACGAUUAUGUUCAGAUUAGGGGCCGUUGCGACGGACCCACGAUUUUCAAGAUCAUCUGCAAUCUAACCUCUCCAUCCAAUCGGAGGACGAUACAAUUCCUAAUUAACGACCUACAAACUUUGUCCCCGAUCGAGCAUGGCAACAGCAUCAUCCUUUUUAAUCAACGUUUCAACGAACUUAAGGCCAAGAUCCGAGCUAUGGGAGGCUCCUCUAGCUUAAACGAAGUCAUGACCUACAACGCCCUCGCGCAAGGAUACAAUCAAGUUGAUCAAGACGAAUUCAGGGCCUUUAUGUCAAUCAAAAACAACAUGCCCGAAAUACCGCACGAAGACCUCAUGAAGGAAGGAGAGACCAAGUACAACAAUCUUGUCUCAGAGGGUCUCUGGCACCUUCCCUCACAGAAACAACAGAUCAUGUCCCUUUCGGCUAGCCAGGCGAAGGACAAGAGGGAGAUUAUUAAGGACUACACCGCAAAAAUCCAAAAAUUUGGGAGCAAGCGGAAGCAGCCUCCAACUGACCCCAAACAAAGCAAGAAGCCCAAGGCCGAUGGCCGCAAGGACAAAGAUAAUGGGGACUUUGACACCUGGCUUGUUACCCCUCCAAAAGCCGGCGAUGAGGACAAGAUCAUCAAGAAAGCCAACAAAAGCGGGUCCAUGAGGGAAUGGAAUUGGUGUAAGCAUCACAAGAAGAUGGUACUUGCGGUAUCACGCGACGGUAGAAAGCACAACUCCAAGACGUGCAGCGGAGUUGGAACUCCCAUAAAGAAGCCUAGCACCAAAGAACAGAAGAGAUUGAAAGUGAAAGCCCUUGAGACGCGAAUCUCAGCACUCACGGCCGAGAUCACUACCACAAGCGACUCAGACGACGGGUCGGACAACGAAAGCAGGACGGACGAUGGAUAUUUUGCUUUGGAGGACGAAGGUUUCGAUUGA